GGUCAACCGGCGGUUACGUCAUCUCCAUGACCUCCUCCAACGCUCUCUAAGCUGGAACGUUGUUACGUGGCUCUGAUUCUGUUUAAAUGGAAAAUAUGCCGGACCUACGAAACCUGAAGCGGGGUCGGGGAAGGCUAUGAGAAUGCAGGCCCCUCCCUCCUGUGGGGCUCCGGGGAAGACACCCCACAGGUCUUGCACCGCUCUCUCCGCGGAAGACUUGCAAGGACGUGCCAGGGGAGGCGCCCGAGCCCUGCGCGGCGCUGCCUCUGGAAGGCGCCGGCACUGGACUUCCGGCGCCGGCCUUAGUCUCUCCAGGCACUUCCGUCUCAGCUUCCAGUCCGCGCGGCCGCCGGAAGCCGAGGCCACUUUCUUGGCCACGUCUCCCGCCGGCCGCCACGACAGCAGCAUGGCGCGCGCAGAGAUGCGGGCGGAGCUCGAGCAGCGGCUCGGCGCCCUCGGCGUCCGCACGGAGGUCGUGGAGCACCCCGAGGUGUUUACAGUUGAAGAAAUGAUGCCUCAUAUCCAGCAUUUGAAAGGAGCACAUAGUAAGAACUUAUUUCUUAAAGACAAAAAGAAAAAAAGCUAUUGGCUGGUGACAGUUCUUCAUGACAGACAAAUUAAUUUAAAUGAUCUUGCCAAGCAGUUAGGUGUUGGGAGUGGAAAUCUGCGAUUUGCUGAUGAAACAGCCAUGCUAGAAAAACUGAAAGUUGGUCAAGGCUGUGCCACACCCUUGGCACUCUUCUGUGAUAAUGGAGAUGUGAAAUUUGUUCUGGAUUCUGCUUUUUUGGAAGGUGGACAUGAAAAGGUGUAUUUUCAUCCAAUGACCAACGCUGCAACCAUGGGGUUGAGUCCUGAAGACUUUCUCACAUUUGUGAAGAAGACAGGACAUGAUCCCAUAAUACUAAAUUUUGAUAAAAACAACUAAUUGGGCUAAUGUUUACAAUAUAUUUAUUUCUGAAAACUGUUUUUCUUAUUUGUAAUUUAUAAAAAGCAUUAAAUUGAUGACUGUAUUUAGCACCUUGGUUUGGUGACUACCUAAAUCAUUUUAGGAGGAAUAUUUCAUCGUAAAGCAUCUGUUUUUAAAAAGAUGUACUGAGGUAGUUUUAGUAGCUCAGAGAUUCCACUUCCUCAUUCCCCAUGACAGUUACUCAUUAAGGAAUGCCUUCAACAAUUAAGAAUAAAUUAACAUCAAAACUAAGAUUAGUUAGCUAAGAUUAACUAUCUUACAUCUUUAGAUAAUUAUCUUACAUCUUUACAUGUUUAUUGUACUUGAAAAAAGCAAGUUGCAACAACAGCAUAUAUAAAUUAUAUAUAUGAUAGUGUACAUACAGGGAAAAUAUCAAAAGGAAUAUAGGAAUAUAUUAAACUGUCGAUAGUAAUUAUCUUUGGGGAAUGGGAAUCCUCAGCAAGAUAAUUAAAACAAACAUGGGGGCAAGGGCAAAAACUUUCCAUUACUGGGUGUUUUUGUUAAACCAGUGAUUUCUUUUUUUUCAGUGAAAAAUAAGCUAAUUACCUUUCUAUAAAAGUAUAUCUUUAGAAAAUUUUAAUCUAGAAAAAACAACAUAGGGAUGGAAAAUGUUAUGUCAUAAUCAUUAUACUUAGAAAAUUACAUUUUAAAACUCAAUAGCAGGAUAUACAUAGGCCAUUAAGAAGGAUUUGUUUAGUCUUUGUUCAGAGGUUAGAAAUGUGAACAUACUUGAACAAGUUUCUUUUGUCCUCUAAGCUGUAUUAAAUUUUACUCAUCCCCUUUCAAUUAUGGCAUCUGAAACAGUAUAAGAACCCGGGAUAAUGUAUUGUCAGUUGUCAUAUAGAAGCUAGUUAAAAAAUAGCAUGAGGAAAAUUGACAUACUUUUUUCACCUCAUUUAAAUUCAGACAAAACCCUUCAUCAGUCGAGGGUCUGAGAUCCACUAGGCUACAAAAAUAGUCUAGCGGUCUCGUCAUGAAAAUGCUCAUAUGUUUUUUGUAUAAUCAAAUGGGAUAUUUGUAAGAUAAACAUAUUUUCCUAAGUGUGAUCACUCAAAAAAUAAUUUUCAUCUGGUAGAGACAUUGUACUUAAUUUGUACCAAUUGGUAUUACCAACAGGCAAAAUAAAAGUAAAGACUUGUCGUUUCUUGAUACAUAUGAUUAGAAACUACGUGUCUACUCGUGGCAGAAUUUUUAUAAAAUAUAGACUAGAUUUAAGAGAUGUGGAGUUAGUAAGAAAUAUUUUCCAUAAAUGAUAACCUUAUUCUGGGAUGCCAUGUUAGUUUUUACCUAUUCUGUACUAUAUCUCUAAGAAAGAGGCAAUUUUAGGUUGCUUUGUAUUCAAAAUGAAGGUUUAAUGAAUAGAAUCAAAAGACACUGAGAACCUUAGAUAACUGGUCUAAAACUACCCUCCCUCCCUCAUGGUGAAAACAGGCCCAGAAAGACGGAUCUGCCCAGGGACACAAGGCCAGUUGCUGUCUCUGACAUUAUGCCUCCACAGACAACAGGUGAAAGUGAAAGAAAUUGAUUUGUACAAUCUAUUAUUGUAUUUAAACCUAUUUUGGGAUUGACAGAAAUGACAGACUCUCUUUUCUUUCUCCCAAAACCUCCAAUACUAAUCCCAAAAUGAUUAGAAAAGAAUCAUCUAAAUGAGGUUAUGGGUUAUGACUGAAAAUAGGUUUUCCAGGGCAAAGGAAAAGGAAUAACACUUUGCUAAAAUUGUAUGUUAGAAUUUUUUUGUGUGUGUGAGGAAGAUCAGCCCUGAGCUAACAUCUAUUGCCAAUCUUCCUCCUUUUUUUCCCUUUUUCGCCCCAAAGCCCCAGUAGAUAGGUGUAUGUUGUAGUUGCACAUCCUGCUAAUUGCUGUAUGUGGGACGCGGCCUUAGCAUGGCCGGACAAGCAGUGCGUUGGUGUGCUCCCGGAUCUGAACCUGGGCUGCCAGUAGCAGAGUGCGCGCACUUUACCGCUAAGCCACGGGGCUGGCCCUGUAUGUUAGAAUUUUUAAAUGAUUACUACUUGUUAUAAAAACACCUCUUUGCUUUAUUUCUUUUUAUAUCAGUUUGAUAAGUGAAUGUUAAACUUAAUUUUUUUUAGGAGAAAUAAAGUUAAAAACUAAAAUGAAAAAUAAGGUUUUUAACAAGAAAUCAACCCAACAAUGGUGUCUCUUUUGUUAUAAACUGGAUUUCUGUGACUGAUAUCAGGUAUUGCCAAGUAAUAAACAUUUUGCCAUAUAACUCCCAAUCCCUCAGUAGCAUUACUUUUAAAGGAAAUGUUACAGCUUUUAUAUUAUUUGAUUUCAUAUUUAAUAACAGUUGUAAGUACAAUGGCAAACACUGAAAAAGAGAACCCUAUUAGUAGGAAAGAAAAAGACAAUUUAAAAUCAGGUUUUGUUAAAGGGUGUUAUAAGUGCAACUUUAUCCAUAAGCAUUCCUUUUAAGGCAUUUUCAUUGUUGUCCAAAUAUCUCAACAUGUACAUCAAGGUUUAUAUUAUAAAAUGGGCUCCUUUUGGAUUCAUUCAAGGCUUAAAGAAAAAAAUACAUCUCAGGACUAGGUGUAGUGGAAAAGAAAAACACAAAAAUUCACCACUUUUCUCGUAAAAUGUAACUUAAAAUACAAAAGUCAUUUAGCGUACAUUAUUACUCCUCAUUGUAAUUCCAGAUUUGGUACAAUAUCUUUUUCACUUCCUGACAAACUGUUAAGACAGUGCAAGCUGUAAUACUUCAUUUGUGAGGUGGCUGUAAUUCUGUAAUAUGCACAGUGAUUUUUAAAUAGGCUCUUAACCAUGCCUUGCAUGAAAGGUGCUACAUACAAACCUGUUUCAUGAACUCUUUGGUAACCACCAGUUCAAAAACUUGGACCAAACGUUUCCACAUGGCCAGAUGUGAAGCACUUGAUUGGAGCUCUGGGCUGAAGCUAUUACCCUGUAAAGUGAAUUCCUGUGUUUCCUUGGGGGUUUAAAUGUUGAUUUAGAAUAGAGCCAGAUAAUUAAAAGCAUGUCAGGCCCCAGUCAGGAAAAUGGCCCGUUAGUUUCUGGUUGGCCAUGUUUUGUUUGGCAGAAGUAGUUUAUCUUAGGAAAAAGAGUGAUUUCCUACUAAGCUUGCUUCUGAUAGUAUCUUUUGGAGAAAAUAAAAUAUUCAUGUGGUUAUUAUUUAGUCCUUUCUUGAAAUGGUAUGAAAAAGGUGACGAAUAUAAUUGAGAAUAUUCAUACUUGUGCAGUCUCAAGUGUGUCCCUUGGCUGUCUCUUUAACUGCACUUUCUCAGGGUCAGCCUACCAGACUCAGUACUUUAAAGGCUGCCCUUAAGCAUUUUCUACUUGAAGCAAUAAUGUGCUGCUUAAGUCAGCAGCUUCUCUAUUUUAAGAUAUUAGUGUCCUGGGGAGGUCACGCUGUGAUAGUGUUCACCCUCCUUGGGCCACCUCUUACUCAUUCAAUUUUAACUUUCAGUAAUUGUCCUGGGUUGUGUCCUAGUUGUGCAAAUUAGAUGCUAGUUAAUAUAAAUCUAAGUUACCCACUUACUGUAUUUAGCUAAAACAUAAUUUCUAUAUUUACUUUCAAUUUAUCCACCUAAAAAUGAAUUUACAUUUUUUACAUGCAAGUGUCUCUAGACUGCCAUGAUGCCCAUUAUCAAUCUGAUACUUGAGUCUAGGGAGUCAUGAUGGAGAGAGAUGUUUCAAAGCCUAGAGAAUAGGUUUUAAAUAUGUCAAUAUUUGUAUUUUAGUAAGAAUCCUUUGUAUUUACAUUUACAUAGCACCUUUCAUCCAAGAGUUUAAAAGUGAUUUAACUUUACAGCAUUAUUUGGUGGCAAAACCUAAGUUAAUGGUGGCAUUAAGUUAAAUAAAUCCAAGUUCUCUAACUUCCAUUUCAAUUCUCGUCAACUAUACAUGCUGUCUUUCUUUUCAUUAACGGUCUUUCUGAAAGUAGACUAUGAACACAACACUGUUACUGGCCUACCAAAAAAAAAAGAGAGAGAGAAAGACAGGGAGGGAGGAAGAGAGGGAGGAAGGGAGCGAGAGACAGACGCAUUUCUCAUGGCACUAGGAACUGUGAUGAAAUACACAGUUCAUAAACUACACACUAUGGAAUAUAGAAUAAUUCCAAAAAGAUUUUUAGAGCUGGUAAUGAGAGCCUAAGAAGUAUACUUUUAAAAUAAAAAAAAAUCAGUAUCUUUCUCAUUUCAGACCUUUAAGAUUAUUCUGAUAUUUAUGUUAAAUAAUGAAUUUGUAUUAAUAAGUAUCAAUGCAUUUUUUGAUUUCAUAAGAAAAUAAAAUUGUGAUAUAAAAUUGGAACUACAAAAAAAUUGAUGUUUCCCUGGGUUAACUAAAUCUACUUUGUUUGUGCUUCUUUCAAAUGUUUAAGGUAACAAAUGCAUACAAAUAUUUCAAAAGUACCAAUAACAGUUACCAACUUUAAUGUAAUAUUAUAAAGGACAAAAACAGGAAAAUUCGUAUUACUAAGUGAUAACCUUAAUAAUAAAUGAGUUCUUGGCAAAAUGCAGAUCAUAUUAAAUUAUUUACAUUAUUUUUGCCAUAAGAAAACUUCUUAAGCAACAGUCAGCUCUCAAGUUAAAAAAACAAACACACAUACAUAACCCAAUACUAAAGAAGGGAAAUGAGUUAAAACACAACAUCUUUAUCUUGGGAAUGCCAUUUGCUGGAAAACCACCCUACAAAAAAAAAAGUUUCAGAAAAACACUCUUUAAUUACCUUGGAUCCAUGUGUGAAUGCUUAGCGUUGCUUAAUGGGGAAUAUGGAAAGAGUAAUAUUACUGUAAAUUUUUUAUAAUUCCUAUUCUCAUUAUGGAUUUUUCAGAUUUAUCUUAUAAACUGAAUUUCUUUUGCAGUGCAUGAAAAUAAUUGGCUUAAAAAGAAAAAAACGAAUACCGACACAUGCAGUCUGCUAACCAAAUAAGGCUGACAUGCCAAUACAAUGUUCUCUGUAUCUUAAUAUAUAGUACAUUCCACAACAUACUACAGCAUUUAAUUUAGAUUUACACAACUAAAUAUAAAUGGCUAGAUUUUGGCUAAUACUUAGCAGAAGCAUUAAGCAAACAUGGAUAAAUUCAUAAACAAAUGAUGAAAGAAGUAGAUUGUUCUUGGAGAACUUCUUGAAACCUUAAAACACUUGGUCCUUAGCGAGAGAACAUUCUUUAUUCAGUAGAUCUUAACAGUACAAUGUAUGGUAAGUCCUAAAACCU